AUGGCCAAAAAAGGAAGAGGUAGCAAAUCUACCAAACUACUCAACAAAACCGCCAAUACCGCUACAGCCACAGGUGCAAAUGCCACUGCUGGACCAUCAACCCAGUCGUCCAGACAUGCCAAGAUCAGUGAUGAGUUGAAGCAGGCAGUAAAGGAUUUAGGUGGAGAUGAAGAUGAUUUGGAUCUGAUAGAUGGGAUAGAUGAGAGCGAUAAUGAAGAACAGGAUAGAUCUGCUACGAAAAUGCCCAAAGGCGAGAAGAAGCCUACAGAUGAGAAAUCAUUGAAGAUGGAAUUAGGAGAUUUCAUGAAAGGCUUAGACUUUGCAGCCGUUGGUGCAGUACAGGUGGACAGUGAGGACGAGGAAGAGGAAGAGGAAGAGGAAGAAGCUGAAGAGGAAAGCGACGAGGAAAGUGAAGACGAGGAGGAAGACGAAGAUGAGGAGGAAGCGGAAGACGAAAGCGAAGAGGAAGAACCAGAAGAGAGUGAGCAAGAAGAAGCAGAUGUACCUCCAACUACUGCCAAAGCAACGAAUCAAAAAACUGUUGAAUCUUCGAAGGCCAAUAUCGAUCAAGACUCUUCAAGCGGUAUCAAUGUCCCCGCCUCAUCAUCUUGGACUUCCCUCACCCCUCAACUACCUCCCCUCGACGCACCACUCAGACCACUCCAGGGACAUGCCUUGAACGAACUUCGUCAAAAAGCAUUGAACCUCCUGGACAAUCUACCUCCUUUGAACAGAGCUUCUUCUUCUUCCGACGCGGCGUUUAUAUCCCAGAUCUUACAAUCCGGUACACACCAGGAUAAAUUAUCUGCGUUGGUAUUGCUCGUCAGAGAAUCACCUGUACAUGCGUUGAACGAACUCAAUAGGCUGAGAUACAUGGCCGGAUGGAAAGAGGAUGGAAUUGGAGGAGGGUCAGGAUCGAAUAAGGAUCAGAGAGUCGCCGUCAUGAAGGCUUUGGCGGAUUGGUGGGUUAAUGGAGGCGGCAAACAGCAAGGAAAAUUGAGAUACUUUGCCGAUCAACCUUUACUUGCUCAUCCCCAACUUACGGAUCGACAUCUCCUGAUGUAUGCUUUUGAGGACUACCUUAAAAGAUGGUUCUUCAAUCUGUUACAGGUGCUGGAGGUGCUAUCGCACGAUACCCUGCCCUUCGUCCGGACUCAAGCUUUACAUAUCAUCUUCCAACUCCUUUCGGGUAAUGCUGAACAGGAGCAGAAUCUGCUAAGACUAGGCGUAAACAAGCUUGGUGACACCGAUCGACCCGUUGCCUCCAAAGCAUCUCAUCACAUCCUACAGCUUCUGCAAGCUCACCCAGCUAUGAAAGCAGUAGUAGCUCGUGAAGUAUCUGCCUUAGUCCUCAAGCCUAUCGGUAGUACAGCCGCAGCUGCAUCCUCAUCCGGUUCGCACAUCAAAUUCGACGAUGAUGUCAAAGGUAAAAAACCAGAAGAGAAGAAAUCCGAUACUGUUAAUCAUGCAAGAUAUUACGGUUUGAUCACUCUCAACCAAAUCACCUUGACGAGAAAAGAUCAAGAAGUUGCUGGUAAACUUGUUGACCUCUAUUUCGAAGUUUUCCGAGAAAUUCUCGGGGACGGCAGCAAGAAAGACGAAGAACACCCUAUUGGUGGAGAAGAGGAAGAAGGGGAGAUAGGGGAAGACCAAAUUGAGAAAGUAGCCGGUAAGAUCGAUAAAUGGCGUGGAAGAAGGAAAGGAACGAGACCUAAGCCUGGCCAAAAGAAGAAAACUGCAAUGGAACAAGAAGAAGAAUUGAUCGAGAAUUCUGAAUCGAAACUGGUUUCUGCCGUUUUAACAGGUAUAAAUCGUGCUUUACCUUUUGCCAAAUUGGACGAGACAAUGUUCAAAUCUUAUAUGGAUACUUUAUUCGUCAUUACUCAUAAAGGUACUUUCAACACUUCGAUCCAAGCCUUGAAUUUGAUUUAUCAAGUAUCCAAAACACAAUCAUCUUCGACAUCGGACGAAAAUGAGAUUAAAGGAAUAUCCGAUCGAUUCUACAGAACGUUAUACGACUCGUUGUUUGAUGAGAGACUUGUCAAUAGCUCGAAACAGGCAAUGUAUUUGAAUUUAUUAUUCAAGUCCAUGAAAUUGGAUGAUAGGAUAAAUAGGGUUAUGGCGUUUGUGAAAAGGUUGUUACAGAUGUUGGGGAUGCAUCAACCGCCUUUUAUUUGUGGGGCUUUGUACCUGUUAGGAGAGCUUUUCUCCACUACUCCUGGCCUCAAGAAAAUGUUGAUCGAACCUGAAGACGAUGACAUUGAGCAUUUCGUUGAUGCCGAUCAAAAAAACAACAAACCCAAAGAAGUCGACGACGCGCUGAAGAAGAAGAAGAUAAUGGAUGAAAAAGCUUAUGAUGGUAAGAAGAGAGAACCAUUAUAUGCGAAUGCAGAUUCAAGCUGUCUAUGGGAUUUGAUUCCAUUCUUGAACCAUUUCCAUCCCUCGGUCUCACUCCAAGCCAACCAACUCCUCUUAUCUCAACCUCUGACUGGAUCUUCCGAUAUAUCGUUGAACUCGCUCGUGUCAUUCCUUGAUCGAUUCGUCUACCGAAACCCUAAGAAGACACUUCAACCGAAAGGAGCAAGUAUCAUGCAGCCUGCUGCUGUAUCUGAUAAAUCAGGUAUGAUCGUACAGAACAAAGGUGCCAAAUCCUCCGGAGGUGAAGCUGGAUUGAUGGUCAAUUCGGAAUCUUUCUGGAGGAAAAAGGUUGAUGAUGUUCCGGUUGAAAUGAUGUUCUUCCACAAGUAUUUCUCAGAGAAGUUGAAGAGAAAUGAAUCGCUCAAGAAGAAGAAAUCGACUGGUGAAGAUGAGGAUGAAGAGGAUAGUGAUGAGAUGCCAGAGUUACCUUCGGAUAUUGCAGAUGAGGAUGAUGAUGAGGAGGAGGAUGACUCAGAUAUCGAUGUGGAAGAACAGGAAGAGGAAGAAGAAGAGGGAAGUGACCCAGAAGAAGAUGAGAUUUGGAAGGCCAUGAAAGCUUCUAUGCCUGGUGCGGAUGAUGAUAUGGGAUUAUCCGAUGAUGAAGAUGAAGAUGAGAGUGACGAUAUGACAGAGUAUUCGUCUGAAGAAGGUGAGGAUGAGGAUGUCGAGGUGGACGAAGAUGAAGAAGAAGAAUCAGAAGACGAAGAGGAAGAAGAAGAAGAAGAAGAACCAGUCAAAAGCAAGACUAAGAAAGGAAAGAAACAUUCCCCAUCCAUAUCUAGCGAUUCCUCAUUCCCUAAUUUCGAUGAUGAAGAAGAAGAUUUGUUAUCUGAUUCAGAGAUGGAAAUGCCUGAUAUCAGAUUAGACACCGCUGUCUCUUCCGAUGAAGAACAAGAGAAGGUGGAAACUGGGAAAAGGAAGAGGAACGAUGAUAGAAAGGCACAAAGGAAGAAGAGAAAGGAAUUACCAAUGUUUGGAAGUUAUGAGGAUUAUCAGGCUUUGAUCGAAGCUGGCGGUGAAGAGGAGGAUUAG